GAGCAUGCAGCCUCACCGUGUGGUCUAAUUUUGUUAUUGCGGCACGAGGGUGAGUUUUCUGUUGCUUGGCAACGACCAUGCGUGAGACAAAAAUUUGCUUCACGGAUCAGAGGUUAACCUUUCAUUCUAUCAACUAAGUGCUGUAUGAAUUUCCAAAAUGGCCGGAAAAGAAAAAGAUGUGGUUUAUCAGAAUGCAAUUCUCGUCGAGAUGAUCCGCAAAGAGCAAAGACAACAAAGACUCCGCACUGAGUUUAACAUCAACCCACACCGAAAGUUACACAUCCUACCAGACAAACCCAUGUGCAGGAAACCACAAGAAGUGAUUCCAGAAAACUCGGAUUUCAUUGAAGCCUUCCACAAAGCUCGCCAGGAGCCAACUAAGAAAUAUGCGAUGCCAUUGACUGAAAGUCAGGAGAUUGGAUGGGUGUCCACAGUACUGAUCCCAACAAAUCGCAGCGACAACAGGCUCAAUUUUUUUCGACACAGCUCAGACAUCACCAAGCACCAAGAGUCUAUCCUUCGAUCUUCAAAAUAAACCCACAACAAAAGCAAUCACCACAAAGGAGAUUUUGGUAUGCAUAUAUACAUUCAACACACCCUUGUUCAAAUGCCAUGUUUUUAUGACGUGAUGAAAAAACGCGACCAAAAUAAAUCAUUCCAAAACUUUUUUUCACCAUUAAAGUGAUCUAUAACCUGUACAACUCAAAGAGGGGAAUUCAAAAUAACAUAUAUUGUGGCUGGAAAAAGGGCGCACACCCUCUGUCACUGGGGAUGUGCCUGUGUUCACAAUUAACCAACUACUGUAGGCAUUAAGUUUACCAUGAAACACAGCAAAGAAAGUCAUUAUCAAGCCGAGAAAAUAUGGCACAACAGUGACAUUAUCAAGAAAUGGACUUCCCUCCAAAUUGAUGAAAAGACGAGAACACAACUGAUCAGGGAGGCUGCCAAGAGGCCGACAGCAACAUUGAAGGAAUUGCAGAAAUUUCUGGCAAGUACUGGCUGUAAUGUUCCAUUCUCUUCAUAUAUCUGGGCUAUGGGAUUGGGUGGCAAGACAUAAAAAGACAAACGUCCAAGCACAGCUACAUUUUGCAAAUACAUGCUAGGAAUUUUCUAAAUAUGGGAAUAUGUGUUAUAGUCUGAUGACGCCAAGGUUCAACGUUUUGGCCAUAACUUUACAAAGCAUGUUUCACAUAAACACAGCACUGCUCAUCACCCAAAGAACACCAUACCUACAGUGAAGCACGAGGGUGGUAGCAUCAUGUUUUGGGGCUGUUUUUCUUAAGAUACAACUGAAGGGCGUUAGUCAAGGUGGAAGAAAUUAUGGACUGUUUCAAAACUAUUCAAUAUUAGCACAAAACCUUCAGUGUUCCACUGGAAAGAUGACAGUGACUUAAAGUAUGCAUCCAAAUCGACAAAAGAAUGGCUUCACCAGAAGAACAAGAUCUUAGAAG